GCACGCGCGGUAACGGCAGAAUGGUGGAGUUGGUACCUUUUGCGGUUCCCGUCGCGGGUGACAAAACCUUGCUGGUGUGGGAGCUGAGCUCUGGACCCACGGCCGAGGCCUUGCAACAUUCUGUGUUCACAGUCUUCUCCCAGUUUGGCCUUCUGUAUUCGGUCCGAGUCUUCCCAAACGCAGCAGUGGCCGGUCCUGGGUUCUAUGGCAUCAUCAAGUUUUAUUCAGCAAGGGAUGCCCACAGAGCCCAAAAGGCAUGUGACCAGAAGCAGCUUUUCCAGACAUCUCCAGUGAAGGUUCGUCUCGGCACCAGUAAUAAGGCGGUUCAACAUAAUACGCUUGCCCUAAACAGCUGCAGAUGCCAAGAAUUGGCAAAUUACUACUUUGGUUUCAAUGGGUGGUCAAAAAGGAUCAUCAAGCUUCAGGAUCUUUCUAACCUUGAAGAAAGGGAAAAGCCAGAUAUUGUGACACCACUUCAGAAGCAGAGCCUCAAGUUCUUCUGUGCUUUAGAGGUGGUGUUGCCCUCCCACGAGUGCAGGAGUCCCGGAGUUGGCAUGGCUGAGGAACCUUUGGAUAACUUGGAGGAAGGGUCAUUAUCAUUCCUUAUGAAAAGGAAGGUAACCCAGAAGCUUGCUAUUCAGAAGGCUAUGACAGAUGCAUUCCAGAAACGGCUGAUUGUGGUUUUAGAAAGUGGUAAAGUAGCUCUGGCAUAUAGACCCUGUGAAGAGGCCACAGAUGCUAGAACCAAAGAGGAGCUACAGGAUUUCAUUCAAGUAUGUGGAGAUAAAAACUCAAGGGGUACACAGCCAGUGUAGCCGUAAUUCAAAGCACCCAGCAGGAUUUGGAAGACUUUGGCAUGUCUACUCAGCUCUGUCAUCCUCAGGAAAAGGUGAAACUCUGAAACUGCUUUUGAGACAGGGAAUUUCUAGGACUUUUCCAAGUCCCGAGCCUUGUCUCUGGCCCCUUAUUUGAAGUUUGGAGAGCAGGAUUGAGGGCCAUCAGUGUACGUCUACAGUUGUGGACACAGGAGAAGACACAGGCCUUUUAGAACUCCCCUCAGAUAGAAUUGCAAGGAUAUGGGAACAAAGUAACUAUGGCCUUAAGUGUGAUUAUGCUACAGUGUUUAAAAACUAUUCAUGCCUUUCAAGUAAGGUAUAUUACCCAGAUUUCAGCAUCUCAUAUAUAUCCUGUGUUAAAUAUUUUGCCGAAGAACCUUACUGUAAACCAAUUAUAUGAAUGCCUCAAAUUAGUGAUUAAGUUGUCAACGUAAUUUCUAAAAGAAAACAUUAAUGUACUGCGUAUAGGAUUUUCAUUAAAAAGGAGCAACAAAUGUGUUUCAUGUCAUUGAGAGCUGAAUUUGGGGCUAGAUUUCUGAUGAUUUAACUCACCCCAAUGUUGCAAAGUUUGUUCUGAAGGGAAGAAAGUAGAGAAAGAAAAGGUGGUUAUGUUCUGAAAAAUGUAAAAAUUUUGAAAGUUUUUCCUGUACAAUAUAAUUAUUUUAAUUCAAUUUAAAUCAGUCAAGGAAACUUCAGACGUAUCCAUGUUUGGGCUUUAAGAAGUCUAGCUUCCUGUGAAAUGUGAGAGGAAAGGAUUCCGUAUUGAUUCUAAAGAUUUCGGAAACCUGAUUAUAACAACAGAUCCAUUCCUAAAUGAGGCCAAUCUUGGAAUCAGUUCCAUUUAG